CCGGGAGGCUGAGUUUCACAGAAAGAGGAAGAAGAGAAGGAGGAAGGAAGUGAGGCGGCUGGUCGACAGAAACCCAGACUGUGAGCGGAUCAGAGCGUCUCGUUCGUCCUGCUGGGUCCCACCGUGUCCACCUGUCCCACCUGGCGUCCACCUGUCCCACCUGGCGUCCACCUGUCCCACCUCCAGCGAUGUCUUCCCGCUCAGACUCAAAAUCAGCCUCUCAGAUCGUCUUCCUCACCAUGAAGCUGAAGGAUAAGCUCCACCCCCAGCGGAACCGGACCCGGGCCAAGCCUCCGGACCUGGAGCUGAGUCAGAACCCGUCGGCCAUCUUGCUGGACCAGGAGCGCGCCGUCCUCAGCUCUCUACAGUACUUCAAGGCCCUGGUGGACAGACUGGACCUUGACCGACCCUCGGGACAAAAACCGGGCCUGGACCGGUCCAUGGUGGGCGGCCUACUGGGCGGAGCCUCCACCGGCAUCCUGGAGGCCGUCCAGGCACUGGUGAAGCUGGAGCCGGACGAGCUGGACAGUAAGACCGUCUCCGCCUGUCUCGCCCGUCUCUACGGCGCCGUCGCUCAGCUGAUCCGCUGGGCCGACCGGGUGAUGCUACAGGGUGUCUCUCAGGACGACGGCGGGUCUUCUGAGAGCGUUACCACAGUGAUCAGGGGUGUGCUGAAUAGCGCCAAGGAGCUCGUCCGAUUGGUUGCAGAGAGACGGAAAGGCUCCACCCCCUUGUCUCUUGUCCAAUCACAAUCCGGGAACGUUGAAGACGAGGAGACGUCGAUGGUGAUGCCACCCCGUGAGGGACGGGGGGACAGAACGGAGGCAAAAGGGGAGGGUACACAUGCACCACCCAAACCCCCCAUGCCCGUCCCAGAGCCCUUUCCCCAGGCCACGCCCCCUCAGGAGCUCGUGUUCAGUCCUCCCGCUCUGCCUCCAAAGAGGCGCCAGACGCCGCCGCUCCCUGCCUCCGCCCACUGCAGGGUUGCCAUAGUAACACCAAUAAUCCGGCAGCCGGAGGAAGACCUGCAGGUGGAGGAUGACAGCUGCUGCAAGCGACUCUCUUCUUCCUCUGCAGACUCUGCAGCCAACAGCUCACCAAGUGAGGAUGACCCAGAUUACGACUUCCUCCACACCGACCUAUCGUCCUCACAGACGCUGCCCCCCGCCCUGCCAGAGAAGAGACACCGCAGCAUCACAGGCGUCAGCGCCUCGUGCACCUUUGGAUUUAACUCCACCCAUGUGGACACAAGCCCCGCCCCAAGCGAUGAUGUCAUCGGCCCUGAAACCCACAUGUCCUGCCCCCUGUCCCCCAGUAAGACGCCCCCCCCCCUCCCUGAGAAGAAGCGACACAUCCAUCAGUACCUACAGUUCUGCUCCACGUCCUCCACCGACCCGUCUGCGGUUUCGUUCUACCAGAAAUUUAAAGUCCGACAGCGAGAUCAAGACUCCGCCCAUCAGUUGGAUCACCUGACCACAGGCUCCGCCCCCUCUGGAGGUCCAUUUCCUGCCCCUGCUUUACCACCAAAGAAGAAACAGCAGGACACUCAGUCUGAGAACGAGGACAGCUCUGUGGACCACCAGCAGGGGUCAGAAUUCAGCCAGAGAAGCAGAGAGGAAGAUGAAGAAGACGAGCUCCUAUUGGCUGACCCGAACGAGAUCCGCCACAGAAUCACUCUGAAGUCUGAGGAGGAGGAGGGGCCAGAGGUGAAGGCUGCGUCUCCUGAGAUCCUAUUGGUCCAAGCCACACAGCCCGGGAGCAGCGAACAGAACCAGUACCAGGAGGCCUUCCUCUGCACCUACCGGGGCUUCGCCACGCCCAGUGAUGUCAUCAGCAAGCUGCAGCGCAGGUACAGAACCCUGAGGGAAGGCGGCGCUGCUGACCCGACAGCUGCCAGGAACUCUAUCCAGCUGCUGGUCAGAGUGGUGGCUGGGCUCAGUUCUGUAGAGCUGGAACCUGAUUUGCUGCUGCUGCUGUUUGACCUGGUGUCCUGCCUUCUGAUUGGUGGAGAGCUGGGGAUGGCCCGCCUCCUGCACGGCAACAUCCUGUCCAAGAUGGAGGACAGGUGGAAGCUGAUUGGCUCCCCUCAGUCGCUCCGCCCCCUGGCAGCCAAAGGUGUAGUCGCCAGACCAGGAACUCUGCUGGACUUCAGGAGUCAGGACCUGGCUGAACAGCUCACCCUGCUGGACUCAGACCUGUUCUGCAAGAUCCAGCUCCCAGAGGUGUUGCUUUGGUCCAAGGAGCAGAACGAGGAGAGGAGUCCUCACCUGACAGAGUUCACUCAGCACUUCAACAACGUUUCCUUCUGGGUGCGCUCCGUGGUCAUCCUGCAGGACAAAUCUCAGGACAGAGAGAAACACCUGCUGAAGUUCCUGAAGGUGAUGAAGCACCUGAGGAAACUCAACAACUUCAACUCCUACCUGUCCAUCCUGUCUGCCCUGGACUCUGCCCCCCUGAGACGGCUGGACUGGCAGCGGAGCACGGCAGAGAGCUUGGAGGACGUGUCCUCGCUCAUCGACAGCUCGUCGUCCUUCAGGGCAUACCGCGCGGCGCUGGCGGAGGCGGAGCCUCCCUGCAUUCCUUACCUGGGGCUGAUCCUGCAGGACCUGACCUUCGUCCACCUGGGGAACCCUGACACCUUGACAACGUCACAGGGGUCAAAGGUCAACUUCUCCAAGUGCUGGCAGCAGUUCAACAUCCUGGACACUCUGAGGAGCUUCCAGAGGGAGCGGUACUCUCUGGCGCGGGAUGAUGACAUCAUGUCGUUCUUUAAUGACUUCAGCGAUCACCUGGCAGAGGAAGCUCUGUGGGAACUCUCUCUGAGGAUCCGCCCACGGAACGCUCCACGAGCCAAUCAGAGAUGAGCUGUGGAGGAGCAGCGGCCAAUCGGGACUCGGCGCAACUGGAGUCUGCUUGAUACUUGAUGGGCUUUGUGGACCUGGUUCUGGUUCUGACCCAGACUGGUACCAGACUGAAUCGUUGCCGGCAGAACCAUGUUAGAAGGGGGUGGGGCCCCUUCCGCAUCAUAACGUGUUCUCCACCGGUUCCACCUGGUUCUGCUUCAGAGUCCAGUCAGACGGAACCACUUCUCUUACCAUCAGCCGGCUGACCUCCGACGUCUGGGCCCAUCUGCACUGAUGGUUGAUCGGUUAUUGAUCAGUUAGACGAUCAGAACCAAAUGGCAGCUCUGCUAAAUCUCAUGUAUUAGUUCCUUCAGAGACGAUUUUCAUUGUUUCAGCUCAACCAUCGGCGUCCCGGUACCAGGGGGUUCUGUUUCAGAUGCUCCUCAAAACCUAGCCGAUACCGGGUCAGCCCAGAACCUGAUAACCCGCUUCAUGAAGCCAUCAGUCUGGUCUGGCUGGACUUCAGCAGAACCAGAACGAUGGUGACAGAUCAAUCAGGAACUAAAGCUCAAGAUGGAGGACAGAGAUUUACUGAGACACACACACCUGGAGACACACACACACCUGGAGACACACACACACACACACCUGGAGACACACACACACACACACCUGGA